AUGUGGACAGUAUUCGGUUUAUCAGGUUAUCAUACAUCAUUAGUAUGUCGAGGAUUUUCAACUCAUGAAGAUAUACGUCAUUUCCCACGUAUUGUAAAACAAGCUGGUCAUAAAAAUCCUUAUUCACAUAAAAAUAUGUUCUACAAUUAUGUUUAUACACUUUGUGGUCCACAAAUGCCUAGCCUUUUACGUGGUUGGCGAAAAGUUGGCGAAGAUGCUUGGCCAGUCGGUGCUAAAGAAUUGGAUUCCUCUUCGAAUGAACAUAUUCGUGAUUCCGCUGACAAUCCAUCGAAUGUAUCUUCUGUCAUUAGUAAACAUAAUCCGCCUAUUCCCUUACCUAUCGAUAUGUUAAAUAAUAGAAAUGCUUUUCAUCACAAUUCCUCAUAUGAUUGGUCACCUUAUCUCUCAGAAUCACCACAAAUUCCAAUUAUUCGUCAAGAUGAAGUGAUAAUAAACAUUUUAAAACACAAGGUUAGUGAGAUGAAACCAAACAUUUAUGACAGUGUACAUUACAGAAACAACUCAUCUAUGUAAAAAAGCAUCACAAGAUUCAAAUAUAUUUAUCAUGAAGUUGUAUAUUGUAUGUCACCAUUUUCAAAAUACCUGACAACUAAUGUCAUUUACACAUAAAUGAUAAUGUUUUGUUCAACUUCAUUAAAAAAUAC